ACCAGAUUUGAAUUACGCAAUUUUUAUCACUAUACGUUUCUAUGCGUUCUGGAAAGUGGGCUUGCACGCGAGUUCCAGUGAGAGGUGUGGGGCAUUCUCCUCACGCUCCAAGGGGCGUGGUAUAUAGUUAAUAAAUUCUAGAAGUCAGUCGGGGUUUGGAAAACGCGACCGUGAGGACUGUUUUCUCCUUUGCUUUGCAUUAAAGAUGGCUUUAGAAAUGUAUUUAGACCUUUUCUCACAGCCCUGUCGCUCGGUGUAUAUCUUUGCCAAGAAAAACAACAUUCCUUUUGAUUUAAAAACUGUUUUGCUUUUGGAAGGUAGGUUAUUGUUUUUAUUUUAGGGACUGUGCUUUUAGUGUAGCCUACUGCAUUCGAUAAUUUUCACUGUUUAGUAUUUUAUUUGGAGUCUGGACACAAAUAAGUUGUUCAGAUAUGCAGAAAAUUAAACAGUGUAAAAAUGAAAAUGGGUGCUUUAAGUGUUGUGUUAAAGUGGUGAUUUAUUCCUUUUUGCACGUAUAAUAGAAGGUUAUCUAAAUCUCAGUAAAAAUUCAUUUACAGAAGUAGCUUGAAAAGGGGUGUUUUUCUGGAGGUGGAAGUUUAAAUCAGGUAUGCUUCUAGUCUUAUUUACAGAAGUAGCCUGAAAAGGGGUGUUUUUCUGGAGGUGGAAGUUUAAAUCAGGUAUGCUUCUAGUCUUGCUUGCAUGCAAGUAGCCUAGUUUGUUGUAGGCCUAGUCUACCCUAACCCUGUCCUGGGUUUCUCAACUCCACAAUACAGCUUCUACCCCCAAGCCAUAAGACUGCUGAACAAUUAAUCAAAUGGCUACCGGGACUAUUUGCACUGCUGCUACUAGCUGUUUAUUAUCUAUGCAUAGUCACUUUACCCAUACCUACAGUACCAGUCAAAAGUUUGGACACACCUACUCAUUUAAGGGUUGUUCUUUAUUUUUACUAUUUUCUGCAUUGUAGAAUAAUAGAGAAGACAUCAAAACUAUGAAAUAACACAUAUGGAAUGAUGUAGUAACCAAAAACUGUUAAACAAAUAAACAUUUAUUUUAUAUUUGAGAUUCUUCAAAUAGCUACCCUUUGCCUUGAUGACUGCUUUGCACACUCUUGGCAGUCUCUCAACCAGCUUCACCUGGAAUGCUUCCCACAUAUGCUGAGCACUUGUUGGCUGCUUUUCUUUCACUCUGCGGUCCGACUCAUCCCAACCCAUCCCAAUUGGGUUGAGGUCGGGGGAUUGUGGAGGCCAGGUCAUCUGAUUCAGCACUUCAUCACUCUCCUUCUUGGUCAAAGAGCCCUUACACAGCCUGGAGGUGUGUUGGGUCAUUGUCCUGUUGAAAAACAAAUGAUAGUCCCACUAAGCCCAAACUAGAUGGGAUGGCGUAUCUCUGCAGAAUGCUGUGGUAGCCAUGCUGGUGAAUUCUAAAUAAAAUCACAGACAGUGUCACCAGCAAAGCACCCCCACACCAUAACACCUCCUUCUCCAUGCGUUACGGUGGGAACUACACAUGGAGAGAUCAUCCGUUCACCCACACAGCGUCUCUCAAAGACACGGCGGUUGGAACCAAAAAUCUCAAAUUUGGACUAAUGUCCAUUGCUCGUGUUUCUUGGCCCAAGCAGGUCUCUUCUUAUUAUUUGUGUCCUUUAGUAGUGGUUUCUUUGCAGCAAUUUGACCAUGAAGGCCUGAAUCAUACAGUCCCCUCUGAACAGUUGAUGUUGAGAUGUGUCUGUUACUUGAACUCUGUGAAGCAUUUAUUUGGGCUACUAUUUCUGAGGCUGGCAACUCUUAUGAACUUAUCCUCUGCAGCAGAGGUAACUCUGGGUCUUCCUUUCCUGUGGCGGUCCUCAUGAGUGCCAGUUUCAUAAUUGCGACUGCACUUGAAGAAACUUUCAAAGUUCUUGAAAUGUUCCAUAUUGACUGACCUUCAUGUCUUAAAGUAAUGAUGGACUGUCGUUUCUCUUUGCUUAUUUGAGCUGUUCUUGCCAUAAUAUGGACUUGGUCUUUUACCAAAUAGGGCUAUCUUCUGUAUACUCCCCCAUACCUUGUCACAACACAGCUGAUUGGCUCAAACACAUUAAGAAGGAAAGAAAUUCCACAAAUUAACUUUUAAGAAGGCACACCUGUUAACUGAAAUUCAUUCCAGGUGACUACCUCAUGAAGCUGGUUGAGAGAAUGCCAAGAGUGUGCAAAGCUUUCAUCAAGGCAAAGGGUAGCUAUUUGAAGAAACCCAAAUAUAAAAUAUAUUUUGAUUUGUUUAACACAUUUUUGGUUACUACAUGAUUCUAUAUGUGUUAUUUCAUAGUUUUGAUGUCUUCACUAUUAUUCUACAAUGUAAAAAUAAAAUAAAAACCUUGAAUGAGUAGUUGUCCAAACGUUUGACUGGUAGUGUAUACAGUGGGGAAAAAAAGUAUUUAGUCAGCCACCAAUUGUGCAAGUUCUCCCACUUAAAAAGAUGAGAGAGGCCUGUAAUUUUCAUCAUAGGUACACGUCAACUAUGACAGACAAAAUGAGGAAAGAAAUUCCAGAAAAUCACAUUGUAGGAUUUUUAAUGAAUUUAUUUGCAAAUUAUGGUGGAAAAUAAGUAUUUGGUCAAUAACAAAAGUUUCUCAAUACUUUGUUAUAUACCCUUUGUUGGCAAUGACACAGGUCAAACGUUUUCUGUAAGUCUUCACAAGGUUUUCACACACUGUUGCUGGUAUUUUGGCCCAUUCCUCCAUGCAGAUCUCCUCUAGAGCAGUGAUGUUUUGGGGCUGUCGCUGGGCAACACAGACUUUCAACUCCCUCCAAAGAUUUUCUAUGGGGUUGAGAUCUGGAGACUGGCUAGGCCACUCCAGGACCUUGAAAUGCUUCUUACGAAGCCACUCCUUCGUUGCCCGGGCGGUGUGUUUGGGAUCAUUGUCAUGCUGAAAGACCCAGCCACGUUUCAUCUUCAAUGCCCUUGCUGAUGGAAGGAGGUUUUCACUCAAAAUCUCACGAUACAUGGCCCCAUUCAUUCUUUCCUUUACACGGAUCAGUCGUCCUGGUCCCUUUGCAGAAAAACAGCCCCAAAGCAUGAUGUUUCCACCCCCAUGCUUCACAGUAGGUAUGGUGUUCUUUGGAUGCAACUCAGCAUUCUUUGUCCUCCAAACACGACGAGUUGAGUUUUUACCAAAAAGUUAUAUUUUGGUUUCAUCUGACCAUAUGACAUUCUCCCAAUCCUCUUCUGGAUCAUCCAAAUGCACUCUAGCAAACUUCAGACGGGCCUGGACAUGUACUGGCUUAAGCAGGGGGACACGUCUGGCACUGCAGGAUUUGAGUCCCUGGCGGCGUAGUGUGUUACUGAUGGUAUGCUUUGUUAAUUUGGUCCCAGCUCUCUGCAGGUCAUUCACUAGGUCCCCCCGUGUGGUUCUGGGAUUUUUGCUCACCAUUCUUGUGAUCAUUUUGAUCCCACGGGGUGAGAUCUUGCGUGGAGCCCCAGAUCGAGGGAGAUUAUCAGUGGUCUUGUAUGUCUUCCAUUUCCUAAUAAUUGCUCCCACAGUUGAUUUCUUCAAACCAAGCUGCUUACCUAUUGCAGAUUCAGUCUUCCCAGCCUGGUGCAGGUCUACAAUUUUGUUUCUGGUGUCCUUUGACAGCUCUUUGGUCUUGGCCAUAGUGGAGUUUGGAGUGUGACUGUUUGAGGUUGUGGACAGGUGUCUUUUAUAUUGAUAACGAGUUCAAACAGGUGCCAUUAAUACAGGUAACGAGUGGAGGACAGAGGAGCCUCUUAAAGAAGAAGUUACAGGUCUGUGAGAGCCAGAAAUCUUGCUUGUUUAUAGGUGACCAAAUACUUAUUUUCCACCAUAAUUUGCAAAUAAAUUCAUUAAAAAUCCUACAAUGUGAUUUUCUGGAUUUUUUUUCCUCAAUUUGUCUGUCAUAGUUGACGUGUACCUAUGAUGAAUAUUACAGGCCUCUCUCAUCUUUUUAAGUGGGAGAACUUGCACAAUUGGUGGCUGACUAAAUACUUUUUUUCCCCACUGUAUGUACAUAUUACCUCAAUUACCUUGACUAACCUGUACCCCCACAUAUUGACUCAGUACCUGUAUAUAGCCUCAUUAUUGUUAUUUUAUUGUGUGACUUUUUAAAAACUUUAGUUUAUUUAGUAAAUAUUUUCUUAAAACUGCAUUGUUGGUUGUGGGCUUGUAAGUAAGCAUUUCACGGUAUUCAGCGCAUGUGACAAAUAAAAUUAGAUUUUUAAGCCUUGAGACAACAGAGACAUGGAUUGUGUGUGUGCCAUUCGGAGGGUGAAUGGGCAAGAAAAAUAUUUAAGUGCAUUUGAACAGGGUAUGGUUGUGGGUGCCAGGUGCACCGGUUUGUGUCAAGAACUGCGCUGCUAUGUUUUUCAUGCUCAACAGUUUCCUGUGUGUAUCAAGAAUGGUCCAUCACCCAAAGGACAUCCAGACAACUUGACACAACUGUGGGAAGUAUUGGAGUCAACAUGGGCCAGCAUCCCUGUGGAACGCUUUCGACACCUUGUAGAGUCCAUGCCCCAACAAAUUGAGUCUAUUCUGAGGGCAAAAGGGGGUGCAACUUAAUAUUAGGAAGGUGUUCCUAAUGGUUUGUACACUCCGUGUUGGUGGCUUAUUACAGAAGUAAGUCGAUCAUGCAUCUCUGUGUCAUUCACUACAUUUCAGGAGAGCAGUAUGGAGAAGAGUUUGGGAAGAUCAACAUGAUGAGGAAAGCUCCUGCAAUCCGAGAUGGAGAGUUCUGCUUGGCUGAAAGGUGGGAAUGACAACAUUGAGUUGAGAUCAACCAUCUCUACCUUAUCUGAUUAGGCAAUGUAAUAAGACUAUUUAACAAAUCCUUUGUGAUCGCUAGAGUAGCUAAACAUAUCCUCAUUCUGAUUUUAGUAAUGAUUCUAAUAAAGUGGCGAGGCAAAGAGUUUCAAUGACUAAACUGGCCAAUCAUCUCUGCAGCAUUGCCAUCAUGAAGUAUCUGGCAGAGAAGUACAAGACCUCAGACCACUGGUAUCCAGCCGACCUGCAGAAGCGUGCCCGUGUCAAUGAAUACCUGUCCUGGCAGCAUAUGGGCAUACGUAUGCAUGGCUCAAAGAUGUUUUGGCUCAGGGUAAGUAAUGCUACUACAUGGUCGGAUUUAGAAUUGUUUUCACAUUGUACUUUGAUGAACUUUGGACUUUGUUCAGUCCAACCCAGAUAGCAAGGUUUACUCAGUAGUGAAUAAACAUCAUUUUUUCCUGUGGUCAAAUAAAGUCACACACCAAGAAGAUUUAGGUAAUAAUAAUGGUAUUAUUAUAAACAGGUAAAUGCGUCCAGUUUUCCAUGUUAGAUGUGUGUGCGCGGGCAGUAGUUUGUGAAGAAAUAGACUACAGCGUACACAUUGCCAAAGCAGGUGACUGGCCCUUCGAGUUUCACUGACGAAACAAAAUAUAUCCCACUCUGCUUCUCCUACAUUGUUACAAGCAUUGUUAUAAGAAUUUGAUACAGAGCUGUUUUGCACCUCUGUGUCCAAAUACCUGUUAUGUUAGAUUUUGAGAGAUGAGGUUGAUCUCAUGCCUUCUCGUUUUUCAUGGUAUAAUAUCAAGUUUCGGAAUUCAACACGUUUGUGUUUUACAUUAUAAAAGGCUGUCUGUAUUGUAGCUCUUGAUUCCAAAGAUCAUGGGUGUGGAGGUCCCCAAGGACAAGAUGGAUGGAGCCCUGGAGGACCUGGAAGGCUCUCUGAAACUCAUUGAAGAAAAGUUCAUUGGGGACAAGCCCUUUAUCGCAGGAGAGCAGAUUUCCUUGGCCGACCUGGUGGCCAUUGUUGAGAUCAUGCAGGUGAAUGUUUUGCAGAUCUUGUCUCUUCCUACUUCACUGUAGUGAAGUACGUUUUACAUUUACAUUUUUUGUCAUUUACCAGACACUCUUAUCCAGAGCAAUUUACAGGCGAAAUUAGGGUUAAGUUCCUUGCUCAGGGUAACAUCGACAGAUUUUUCACCUAGUCGUCUCGGGGAUUCGAACCAGCGACCUUUCGGUUACUGGCCAAACACUCUAAACCACUAAGCUACCUGCAGUGAAAUGUCCAAAUCAAUUACUAAAUCUGUGUCUUUGGUUUGGAGCUGCUUGCUUCCACAAGUGUUAACUUGAACAAUUAUUGAUAUAUGAAACAAGUGUGAAUCAUCACAAACCUAACAAUCAAUUUUGUUGUAAUACAUUGUUAUAUUGUGGGCCUUCUGAGUGUGUUUCUGCGUUUUGGUAUCCUACAGCCCGUCGGUUCUGGCUUGGAUGUGUUUGAGGGGAGACUUAAGCUAAGUGCCUGGCGAGACAGGGUUCAGGCGGAGAUCGGGAAGGAGCUGUUCGAUGAGGCUCACCAGGGGAUUCUUGCGUCCCAGGAAAUGGUGAAGAAUAUGGACAGCAGCAAGAUGCAGAUCUUCAAACCCAAGAUCUUGAAAAUGUUCCUCUGAAUGCUGCAAUGACAGUGCAGAGGAAUUCAAAUUAAGCUGGUCCUCAGAUAAAUAAUCAAGCUUGAUCUUUUAUUUAGCCACUAUGCACCAUGUGUAACAUAAUAACAAAAAAAUCUAAAUGUUCUAUAUGGAAACAAAAACUCAAGACAUUUCCUGUUAGUGCCAAUUAUAUACAAUAAUUAUUUUUCUAAAUGUUCUAAAAAGCUGUUUUUACCUUUCACUGUUUUUGAUUGACUGAAUAAUAUAUUGAAUUCAGACAACCAGGUUUAACGUUUGCAAACAAUAUAUGAUCUGUUUCAAUGUUGAUUGGGUGGGUGUCCUUUCUUUGCUGUCUACAUCUUUCACCACAAUCAACCAUAGACUAGAGAAGUCUGGCAUGCAAUAGUGCCUUGUUAGCUAUUGCGUAAAACUAUCAAGCACCCCAAUGGGGAGGUGAAAUAUGAGGAACCUUUUCCUCUCACUCCCUGUGUGGGAAUGUAAAUCACAGUUAGUGGUUUCCUGCAAGUUAUGGUGUGUGGGCCGUUCUGUGAAAUGUUGGCUGGGAUACUUCCUUAUCUCAUGGGAUAGAGGGAAGGAAUCAACAGCUGGUAUUUUUCUUCUCCCGACCUCAUGAAGUCAUACCCAUAGCCCUAUAGCACAUGCAUUUGUGUUAGUCGAAGAGGAGUAAAAUGUUGUUGUAAGAAACCCCAAAUAAAUCAUUGAUAUUGAGUUAAAUA